UUCACGAUUUGUCCGAGGAAAAAACUUUGUCACGGAGUCACGAGAAAACAACAGCUGCUUCUUCCUUCUCCUCUCUCUCUCUCUCUCUCCCGGUGCAAAAGUACCUUCCCUUAGGCCCUGGUCUCUCUCAUUCGCAGAACUGCUUCAAUGGCUUACGUCGAUCACGCGUUCUCCAUAUCAGACGAGGACGCGUUGGAACCGUCCGGCGCCGUCCAGAAUCGUUCCCCUGUAAGGGAGGUCUCCCUUGCCAUUGCCCUCCUUGUCUUUGGGACCCUAUCGAUCGCCUUCGGUCUCUACAUGGCCUCUAACAAGAUCGGCGGCGAUAGAAUUCAUGGUAUCUUCUUUGCGGGAUUAGGAUCAGCUCUUUUUCUUCCUGGGUUUUAUUACACAAGGAUUGCAUACUACGCAUACAAGGGUUACAAGGGAUUCUCAUUCUCAAAUAUUCCACCAGUAUAGACCAUAUUAAAAUGUUUGCCACCGCAGAUGGCAUUUCUGGCACAACUUCGGUGGUGUUACAAUUGUCUAUGUACAGAUCCAUUUUUCUGUUUUUAGUUCAUAGUCUACACUCAUAUCUUAUGUAAAUGGUCCCUCAUAAUCAAAUUUCCACAAAUGUAACACCACCUAUAAAUUUCAGAUAAUAUCCUCUGUGAUUAUACAUAACACAUACGUAGAAUUACACAAAAAUUGUAUAUCUA